UUCAUAAGUUUAUAUUUAUUUAAGUUGUACGUUAAAACGCUUACUGGCAAAACAAUAGUUCUUGAAAAUAUAAAAAUUACUGAUAAAAUUCUUGUUGUUAAGAGUAUGAUAGAAUAUAUUGAAGGAAUUCCAAUUGAUAAACAGCGUUUGAAAUAUGGUAAAGUCGAGCUUGAAGAUGGCCGUACAAUUGAUUAUUACAAUAUUAAAAAUAAUGAAACUAUUCAUUUAGUCCUGGAAUUGAGAGGUUGCUGA